UACUGGUGUUCCUGGUCCCAAAGGUAACCAGGGCAUUGCUGGAGCAGAUGGCCUCCCAGGUGACAAAGGAGAACUGGGUCCCUAUGGUCCCCCUGGCCAAAAAGGAGAGCCAGGAAAAAGAGGAGAACUUGGUCCAAAAGGUGUCCAAGGACCUAAUGGGACAGCUGGAGUACCAGGGAUCCCAGGACACCCAGGGCCCAUGGGGCACCAAGGGGAGCAAGGCGUGCCUGGCAUCACAGGGAAACCUGGGCCUCCUGGCAAAGAAGCCAGUGAGCAACAUAUAAGAGAAGUCUGUGGGGAAAUGAUAAAUGAUCAGAUUGCACAGUUAGCUGCUAACCUGAGGAAGCCUCUGUCCCCUGGCAUGACCGGUCGUCCCGGCCCAGCUGGUCCCCCGGGCCCCCCAGGAGCGACGGGAAGCGUUGGGCAUCCUGGUCCUCGUGGGCCCCCUGGGUACAGAGGGCCCACGGGAGAACUGGGUGAUCCUGGGCCCAGGGGUGACACUGGUGAAAAGGGAGAUAAGGGACCUGUUGGCCAAGGUAUUGAUGGGCCUGACGGCGAUCAAGGACCUCAAGGACCACCUGGUGUACCUGGAAUUGCUAAAAAUGGUCGUGAUGGUGCUCAGGGUGAACCUGGGCUCCCAGGGGAUCCCGGGGCUCCUGGUGCUACUGGGGCUCAGGGGACUCCAGGAAUAUGUGACACGUCGGCGUGCAUGGGAGCUGUGGGAGCAUCAACUUCCAAAAAAUCAUAAAACAGCAACAGAAGUGGUGAAGUGACUGAAUAUUUAAAUAAACAGUGCAUUGUAAGA